ACUUAAGCUUUUAUGGUCAUACACUUGCUAAGUCCCAAGCGGCUGCGUUUGAAAAUGGCUAUCUCGCAAACACUGCCAUAAUCCCUAGCAUGUCUCGGUAGGAUGCCUUCUUUGGAAGCCACACCAGCCUGUUGCGUUUGUGGAGCGACGGACAAACAAAUUAGGCAGAAGAAUGGCCCGCCCCUGCGAGGCCACACGGGACCCAUCCGCAUUGUCGCGACCAGCGAGGAAGCCAAAAAGCUGGCCGUUGCAGAGGCAAACGGCUGCAAUCUUGCAUACAUUUGCAAUAAACAUUACUUGGCCAACUCCAAGGCCGUGGGUGCGCUCGCGGAGGAGGUCAUCGCCGCGCGGGAAGCGCGGGAAGCUCAGCCGCGGACGCGCGCGGCACAGCGAGCAGCAGCUGUAGAGCCGGAGCUGGCGCCCGACAUCACAGCGCGGCUGGCGCGGGCUCCGGGCAUGAGAGGGAGCGCGGUGCCGCAGCGUGGUGCCGCAGUGCGUGAGCUGCGCAGCCUAGCUGCCCCCGCAGCAGCGGCGCUGGCGCCCGCCAGCAGCAGUGGCGGCGGGGCGCGUAAGUCAGCACGGCGGUCAAACACCAGCUACGCUGAUGUAUUGCGCACUGGCGUGCCGGCGGCUCCUGCUGCGGCUGCAGCUGGAGGUGGCGGAGGCGAGGCAAUGGUGGUGUCUCCUGCAAGCAACCGUCGAAUGACCAUUUGUGUCGCCUCCAUCCACACCGACCGCCUGCUGCUCGACCACGAGGACUACAUGCACAAGCUGAAGUGCUUGAUUGCGCAGCUGCGGGCACAGUUGGCGGAGGUCGUGGCCGCUGGCAGCAGCAGCAGCAGCACUAGCCGCAGUGGCAGGGCUGGACGUGGUGGCAGCGGCGGCGCGGACACAGUGACUAACCUGCUCAGCCUCUCGAACGUGCUGGCGGCAGCCACUGGCAACCCGCAACUGGCGCACAUCACUGCUGGCCUGAACAAGUCAGCGGACGCGCAGAGUGUGCCCACGGCCACAGCUGUAGUGUACGACACGCGGCUGCAGGAGGCGCUCGUGGCCCAGGGCUUCGCACUGGAUGCGCUGGUGCUGCGCAUCCUGGGCGAGGAGUACCAGGCGUGGGACAUGGCGCACCUGACCUGCCCGGCGCGGGUGCAGCGCAUGCAGGCGCUGCAUGCGCUGCUGCGGUCGUUGGUGCUGCCGCACCUCAACAACCCGCGGCUGGCCGCCAAGUUCGCCAGCCGCACCAGCAAGGUGAUGGGCGUCACCACGGACCUGAUCUUCUCCAUGAUGGCCAACAUUGAGGCACUGCUGCAGCUGCUGCUGGCUGUACCGGCAGCCGCUAGCCUGGCGGUGCUGCGCGCGCUGAGCACCGAUGACUGUGAGAACGAGUUCUCCAUCAUCGUGCGCGGCAUUGGCUACAAGCCGCGCCUGUGGGACCUGCUGGGCUACCUGUCGCGGGUGGACUUCCUGACGGACCUGCGCCGCAGCUACCCUGAGCACGGCAUCGUGGUGCCGGGCAGCAGCAAGGCCCACUACACGCACCACCACGCCGUUCAGCAGCGGGACCGCAGCUGGAACGACAGCGCAUGGCUGCGCGCGCGGAGCCUGCUCGGUGCUGACGGCGCUGGCGGGGCGGCGGCGGCUGUGGCUGGGGCCGGGGCGGGUGUGGGCGCCGGGGCGGGGGCGGAGGCGGAGGCGAACACGCAAUACACGGACUUCCUCGGCAGCAUAGUGGACCGCGCGCGCGGACGCCUCGGCCUCAACCGCGACCCCAGCAUCCGCAGCCACCACCGCAACAGCACCAAAUAGCUACAUGGAUGCAUAAUACUUGUUAGUUACUAGCUGUUUGCGUAUUCGUGAUCAACACGGCUGCCACAGUGGGAUGUCGACAUGUUGACAUGUUAAAAUGUAUGCUGUUAGGUGCACAUGAUCUGAUCGGCCUCGGAGCAUUUAAGUGUUAUAUAUUAUGCAUAUAGAUGAUUUUGGACACGUAUGACUGGGUAUCAGGGUUAGAAUACUGAUUCGGGGCCCUGACAUGUCGACAUGCAGACAUGUCAACGGCAGCUGCAACACCAACAUGCUAGCGAUGUGGAUCAGACAGAAGCACGUCAGCCGGACCUGCUGCCAAAAGUUGGGGUCUGAUCCGCAUCGCCAACCCUGUAAUAGUAAUAAUAAUUCAAACGCCGGCCCAUGGGGCCUGGCGUGGAUUAUCGGGGUAAGGUGGCUAGGGCGAGGAGGCCCAUCCCCCUCGCGCUGCCACCUCACCACGCACUCCGAGGAGGUGUGGGGGAGCCGUGGCUCACCCGCCUCUCGGUUUGAGUUCCUGCUCGGUUACUCGGCGCAUUUUGAUAAUGCCGCCCGCACUGUUCACAGCGUGUGUGUGGAGCCUCUCUCCGCAUACUCGUGCGGCUGUGUGGGUCACCCCAAGUUGAGAGGUGAGCAGCUUAGUGAGGUUGCAAGGGAUGGCCCCAGUCACUCCGAGCGCAAGGCAUUCAUUGGUGGAGUAGUGGACCGUCCAUCCGGCCGCUUCCAGCAGUCGCUUGAGUUCUUGGUGUUGUUGAGAUUUUUCUUCCCGCUUGUCCAAAUGGCGGACGUCAGAGCUGUAACCGAUUUCAAGGAUAUAGAUGGGCAGCCGUGCUUUGUUCAGGGGCGGGCGGUACCCUUCUCUAUGUGUUUCAUGGGCGGGCAGGUUUGGGAUGAACAGAAUGUCAGGUCUGAGCCUUGUAAUAAGGGGUGGUGAUGUCCUCUCCGCAGCCAGCCAGGCGGGGGGGCGUUGUGCAGACGCAUAGUGUGGCAGGUCGGCUAGCGGGCCCGCGUCCAUGACCAUGAACCCGUUCCCGUAGGUCCCUUUGGAGAUGCAUUUGGCGACACGCUGGACUGCCCAGUUGUGCCGAUUGAUGUACGCACCUUUCAUUUUAGGGUGUGUGCAGCCUCCGAGGAUGUGCCCGCCGGAGUCAGGGGUGUGGCAGAGGGGGCAGUUGCCGUUCCCUCCCAGGCGGUAGCGCCGUUUAAGCUGUGCGUUGAAGAGGUAGCCAUAGCGGGCGUAGAGUAUUUGCUUGACCAGCCAGGGGUGCCUGGUGGAGCUGGCGAGGGUGCGGUUGCUGAGGGUGGGGCACAUGUUGGCAGAUGCUUCAUCACCGGAUCGCUAACUCAGUGCACACCCUCCUCUGGAGGGUCUGAUUAUGGCGCUUAGUGAGAUGCUGUCACAGGUUCGAAUCCCGUCAAGAACAGUUUUUUUUGCCAGAUCACAGCGAAGAAGUAGAUAAGAU